CCUUUACCAACUAGGCGAUCAUUCCCAGCAUUUUGUGGAUCAAAACCAAGUACUGAUCAGUGUUCAGCCCAAUAACCAAGAAAAUACCUCACCGCCACCGCCCCUACCUCCACCGCAUGUGCAUGCAAAAAGUGAGGACCAAGCCGCCUCAUCUUUGGAAGUUCUUAAUUUAGCACAGAGGUCACAGUCUAUCUCAUACGGAACCAUGUUCAAUCAAGCCAAGCAAGAUCGUGAUCGUCAUAAGGAGCAUGAGCUUUACUUCAGUAAAGGGACUCCUUUGGUUUAUCCGGCCUUGUUAUCCCUUGUCGCCCAAGAAUUUAAGCGACAGAUUGAAAUUGGCACUAGAAUCAAGAAUGGCGUAGAAUACAAGAGUGUUUUUGACGGUAGGCAGGCUGUUAGCAAGUUGGCACUUAUCAUUUGCUCGAAUAAUCGACAGCAAGCACUCCGGCUGGGCCGUGCACUGGGAGCUCAAAAAUUAUUCAACGACGUUAGUUAUGAGCAUCGAUUACUGGACUCUGAAAAUGAAAUCUACCAAUUUCACGACAACGUUCUACAUUCCUAUAGAAUGGACGAUCCCGAAGUCAGUGAUAAAGAGGAGAUAGCGGAUGAAAAGUAUGAGGAGUCCGAAGCCUCUUUUGAAGAAGAGCAGCAGGAAUCGCAUAUCACUGGCGUGUUCACUGAAUUGUCCACUUGCUAUUCACCCACUUGCUCUGGUAACAAGCCUUGUUACAGUAGAUCUUGUCCCAAGCGCUUUGCACAGCAUCCUAUCGCCGAAUCUCAAUCAAAGUCGGCGCUUGGCCGAUCUGUUAGCGCUUCGUUAACUCAUACACCUCAACCACAGGAACUUUGGGUCAACCAAGUUUCCUCAUACAUUGUCGAUAGCUUGACCAAACAAGAUCGCAAGCGACAAGAAAACAUUUUUGAACUAAUCUAUACUGAGAAAAAUUUUGUGAACGAUAUUGAAUAUCUCUAUCAGAUGUGGAUGGUACCGUUGUUGACCACCGAGGUCAUUCCUACGUCUCGCCGAGUGAACUUUGUACAGUCCGUGUUUUCCAACAUCACUACGAUUUAUGAGGUGAAUUCGAGGCUUUUGAACGCUCUGCAACGCAGACAAAGCGAACACCCAGUGGUUUCUCAAAUUGGCGAUGUCAUGCUGGACCAUGUUGUCAAUUUCGAGCCAUUUGUGGAAUACGGUGCUCGACAAUAUGGAGGGAAAAUGGCAUUUGAGCGGGAGAGAGCAACCAACUAUGAGUUUGAUGCCUUUGUCAAAGAAGUUGAACGAAAGCCGGAAUCUCGAAAGCUCGAAAUCAACGGAUACCUGACAAAGCCAACCACAAGGCUUGGUCGAUAUAAUUUGCUAUUGGGCGAGAUCCUCAAGCACACUCCUGAAGGUCACUCGGAUUGCGAGUUAAUUCGAAAAGCAAUGGAUACAAUUACUGGUUAUUUGCGCAGAUUGAACAGCGAGUCGGGUAAUGCUAAGAACAAAUUUGACUUGAAACAAUUACACGACAAUUUGAGUUUUAAGAAUAAGUCGGAUGAAAUGGACCUUGACUUGCUAGCGGAAGAACGGUUCAUCAUCAAGCAGGGCCCGCUUAAGAAAACAGCCGCUCUUGAUUCAUCGGAUUAUCAGCUUAUACUCUUGGACAACUACCUCUUGAUCACGAAACACAAAGUUUUGAGUUUUGAGGAGCAUUAUACUAUUCAACGGCGGCCCAUUCCCUUGGACUUGCUUGUUGUAGGUGUUCCAGAGCAACUUAGGAUUAGGCGGGCCAGUUCUAUUUUGCCCUAUGCACGGCCAGGAUCGAAUAUUCAGCAUAAUAUGACUUACACAACUCCAGGGCGACCGCUUGCUGGCGAUCUCAAUACCUCCAAUGGAUGGACUGGAGGCAAAGGAGGGUACCCGAUAUCGUUCCAUCAUAUUGGCCGAAAGGGAUCCGGCCACUUCACUUUGUAUGCUGCAACACUAGCUGCAAGGAGACCAUGGAUCGACAAGAUUGAAAAGCAGCAACUGGCUCUGACGAAAAAUCGACAAAUAUUUGAACUAGUGACCAUUUGUGAUCGACUCUUUUCUCUCACCAACCGAGUGAACCAUACUAUCUCAUUCGACAAUGGGCGCUACUUCCUCCUGGCCGCCGAUCAGGGCGUUUAUCUCGGUAGAACAGGCGACAUUGCCCCGCCUAGACGAAUCCUUCAUCUUGAUCAUUGUACCCAGAUUCAAGUCAUUGAAGAGACGUUUACCCUGCUGGUGGUGGCAGACAGAGUUCUCUGGGAAUUUCCCUUUGAUAUUUUGCACACAAAGACAGGAGAAAAGCCCGACGCUGGCCAUAAGCUCAGACAGCAUACCCCUUUUAUAUUUGUUGGCGAAUGUCUCAACAAAAAGCUUAUCUGUAUACCCAAAUCAUCGUCCCUUAAUUCUUAUGUCUCUACUUAUGAACCAACUUUGCUUGGUGACACCAAAAAGAAAUCUGCCUUUGGACGCAAAAAGGCUUACAACGAGAUUGGCCUCAAGUUCUUCAAGGAAAUCUAUAUUCCUGGUGAAGCUUGGUCGGUGGAUCUGAGUGCAACCAAAAUGUUUAUCACCUGUCAACGCGGCGUUCAAUUGGUCGACAUGAGAACAACAAAUACCCAAGCUCUACUGGAUCCCAAUGAUCCUGACCUUGGCUUUAUCAUAGAUCGCGAAAUGCCCGACUCUGUGCUGAACAUUCGCCAGGGUGUAAAGCAUAUCUGUACCUACAGAAUUGAAUCAAAUGAGCACCUUGUAUGCUAUGAUGAAUAUGCCUUUUACAUUGAUGGAAAAGGUCGCAGAAAGAGGUCUGGUUUCCUUAUAGAAUGGGAAGGUCAACCAGAGUCUUUUGCUUUCUCGUACCCCUAUGUCCUUGCCUUUGAACCGAAUUUCAUAGAGAUACGUCACAUGCUCACUGGGGCAUUGGAACAAAUCAUCUCUGGCAUUGAUAUCCAAUCCUUGUCACCGGCGUUGAAAAACGGAACUAUCCGGGGAGCCAUGACGGACGCUUCGAAUGAUGUUUAUCAGGUCUUAUUCGAGCUCAAGUGUCUCGUCCAACCUCAACCCAAACCUGCACCGUCUCAUCUACAUACACUGGCCUAUCGACACCAAAACCAAUCUACUGAACAACCGCCAACGCAUCAUACUUGGCACCCCUCCCGUAAUACGCAUAUGUAAUAAUUCGUCUCCCUUUUUUCGUAGAAUUGUUUCCCACGCUACCCUCGUCAAUACUUGUAAAAAAAAAAAUAUAGUCAUAUAUCAUCACAGCUUGAACAUAAAUGAUAUGCUCGAUAU